AUGACCAUUUUACUUCAAAACGACAGGCUUCCUUCCCCUUGUGAAUCUCUCUGGAUUCCCACCUCUUCUACCACUCUUAAUGGUGCGAAAUAUAUGGUUAAUUUUGAGGAUGUUGGAGGAGGAGACACCGUUAGUACGCCAUUUUUCCAACCAGAUGUCAAAGAAGAAAGUAGCGAUGACGAUUAUGAUGCGGGCCUUAAGCGGCCUGAAAAGAAAAGACGGCUUACGGCUGCUCAAGUUCAGUUUCUUGAGAAGAACUUUGAGGCGGAGAAUAAGAUUGAACCAGAGAGGAAGAUGCAGCUUGCUAUAGAACUUGGCUUGCAGCCUCGUCAGGUUGCAAUAUGGUUUCAGAAUCGUAGAGCUCGGUUCAAGAACAAACAGAUGGAAAAGGACUAUGACUCCUUGAGAAUCAGCUUUGAAAUUCUCAAGGCUGAUUAUGAAAAUCUCCUAAACGAGAAAGAGAAACUGAAAAAUGAGCUUCUUUACCUGAAAGAAAAAUUGCACAGCAGAGAGGAAGGAAUUGAAAGUUUAAAACUAUUUGAUGUAAUCCGUUCACCAGAUGCAGAGCUUGAGCCCAUUCCCAACCCCGCUUCUGAGAAUGUUUCCAAUAUUGUGCCAAUGGUGACAACCAAACAAGAAUACGCAAGUUCAGCUAAAAGUGAUGUUUUCGACUCAGACAGCCCGCUUUCAUUUUUGGAGCAUGGUGAUUCUUCUCGUGUUUUUGAGCCAGACCAAUCGGAUUUUUCCCAUGACGAAGAAGAUGAUCUCAUCAGGAGCUUUCUAGCCCCUCCGUGCUUUCCAAAACUCUACCUGGAGGCACCUGCAACUUCAUGUAAUUUUGAAUUCUCAGCGGAAGAUCAGACCUUUUGGUCCUGGAUUUACUGA